AUGACAAGCGCGCUUCCCCGAACACCAGACCUAGCGUAUCUUUCUGCAGAUGCUCCCCGAUCUGUUGAACGAUUUCCAACUACUCAGGAGCCUCCCGAAAAUCAGGCUAUGAGGCAGUCGUCCAGUACACUUGUUGGUGGUCUCAAUGCCAACGACUCAAUGGCACGCAGCUCGACGAACUACAUGGGAGAGUCUCAGCUGAAUACUAUUGAAAGUCUUCAGAUGGAGGCACAGCGAAAGGACAAGCUUCUAGAGAAGCUCAACAUACAGCUCAGAGAACGCGAAGAGCAACAUGACAGAGACAUGGAGGCAUUAUCUGAAAUGCAAGAGCUAUUGGACAAGAAAGAAGAGCAAAUAAGCGAGCUAGCUCUCGCUGUUAGCCAAAGAAUGGAGGUACAGGCAGAUAAUGCAUUGACAGAGAGUCUUACACUUAAUGGCUGGGACAUGCUUGAUACAAAUGAUGGAGUGAAGGACCCCACCAAUCAGGGCACACAGAAUCUUGGUGAUAGCCUGGAUCUGACUGUCAGUACUCCGCACUCUGCCCGCUCGGCAGGGCCACUAGAGGCAGACGCAUUAAGGCACUCUAUACGCAAACUUCAGUUUCAGCUUACUCAACGCGAUCGUCUGCACCUAGAUACUGAGAUUUCUAAUCAAACUUAUCGUGACGAGAUCCAGCAUUUAAAGGACGAAAAUUCCCAAUAUCAAACGCUGAUCACCUCACAGGCCGAUGAAAUACAGAUGCUACGCGAACAGCAGAUAGGCGAGACAGAAGAACUAGCAGCAAUGGAAGAAGAAAUCUCUGUUCUUCGUACCACUCUAGCAGAGAAGCUGCAGCUCAUAGAGUCCUUGACCGCUGAGGCGCAAGUUUCUAAGACGCAGCUCCUAGAAAUGAAGGAUGCUACGCUUCUCGUUCAGCAUUCCGCAGAUGUUGCCACAGCAGAAAUAGAGACCGCAACAGAAGAAAUCACGACCCUCCGCGUGGAGCUAGAGGCUGAGCGGCAAAAGGUAAUUGAUUUACAAGCUGCGCUUGACCACGAAAAGUUUGCAUCCAAGCAGAAAACGCAUGAAUACACUGAGGUACUUACCAAUCUUUCCCACUCUCACGGUGUUGUUAACUCUCUGGAAACGCAAAUACAAGACAUGGAGACACACGCUAGAAUAAAGGACGAAGAGAUUGAAGCCCUGCAGCUUAAGUGUAGGUCGCUUCAGCUGGAAUUGGACGAUACUCGCGCUCAACUAGAGAAGGCCAUGAACAACGUAACAACCUUGGUACCAAACCUGUCUCCAGAUGAGCUUGCAACAAUAUUGUCUGACAACAAUAGGAUGCUCAAUAUGCUCACAGACAAUGCAUCAGAAACAGAGGCAUUGCUGGCUGCCAAUGAGAAGCUUCAGGCUUCAAAUGGAGAGCUAAAGAAGAUGAAUGCAGAACUUGUCGCCAGAAUGGAGCAUCUUUCAAUUAUGGAUUCUGCAGAAACUUCGGAAGCAGCAUCGAAUCAAGCCGCGCUUCUGGACGCAAAAAACAAAAUGAUCAAUAAGUUAGAGGUAGAGCUGGACUCACUACGUCAGAAGUACCACUUGAUGGAAAAAUCCCUCAACGAACAGUUAGAGGCCGUCACUGUGGCCAAGGUGACACUGGAUGCAGAGAAUUCAAGGCUACGCACAGAGCUACAGAGCGUUGAGCCUCAGACCAUGAGUAGUAUGAACAGCGCCACAAGCAUUAGCAUUGCUGGGGGCCACUCCCCAGGCCGUGCUGGUAGCAUAUCAUCACAGGUUAUGGGAUUGAACUCAGAUAUUACACGCCUGCAAAAUGAACUACGCCGCAAGGAUGCUGAGAUGGACAAUAUGAGUACGCAAAUAGCAACCAUCAUGGAGGAAAUACUAUCGGUCCGCCAGGCCAACAUGUCUCUGGAACAGGACGUGCAAGCCUUAUCGCAAGAAGCUGAGUAUCACAAAGGUCAGGCGUCCAUGUUAGAGAAGACGCUUGCUCAGACACGCGAGGAGCUCCGCAUAACCUUGGACAAGACUCGCGUGGGAGAACUCAUUGAGGCACUGAAUGGGAAGACAGCAGAAGUCACUAAAUUGAUUCGCGUAAUCGAAGAAAAGAACUCGCAGAUAAAGGACAUGCAAAUAGAGCUUGAUGGAAGGGUACUAAGUGGUACGACCGGUAAGGUUAUGCAGGCAACAAUCAAGAACCUUGAAGAAGAAAUUCUGCGCCUCAACCAAGAAUUGGAGCUUGUUGUUAUCUCCAAUGAAAGCCUGGAAAGCCGUCUACAUAGCAUGGGUGGGAGUAUUGGACAGCCCCAGCCUCAGACACUGGCGGCCAAGAUGCCUGUCAAUUCAACUACAAAUUUCCAUGAGCGUGAAGACCAUCUAGGCAGCGAUGCAUCCUCCGUCUCAGCAACCAUAAGGAUGCGUCAGCUCUCUGAAGAGGUGUUAUCUCUCAAGGACACCAUCGCUAAUCUCACAACCACGCUGAAGCAGAAGGAUGCACGCCUAGAAGAGGUAUCGUCCGAGCUUUCAGUCAAGUAUGUGGAGCUAGAUAACAUGAGGGGGCUUAUUAAAAAGAAGAACGAACAACUUAUGCAGCUGAUGAAGUAA